AUCCAGGUCACAGCUUUAAUGCUUUUUUAUUUAUAGAUUUUUUCGAGUUAUAAUUUCUAGCUUUUCAUGAAGCUUUAGCAUAGCAAACAGUCUUUUCUGACGCCAAGUUCAGUGAUGACUAACGCUAUUUACAGGGCUGUUUUGUAAUCUCAGAUCAGCCCACAUUAACGGGAAGUUACGUUUUCCCAUCAGUCUUUUAAAUUGUGCCGGAGAGUUGCUGAGCCCAGAAUUGCCCAGCCGGGCUCUCCUAUUUGCAAGCUGACAUAAUUUUUUCCAGAACAGCAUUUUAAAAAAUUUCAAAUGAAGUUACAGAGGUCAGAUCAUACUUCCUCAGUCUGAUUUUUGUUUUAGGAUCUUUCAUUCCUCUGGUCUAAAAGCUACCAACAAAAAUAAGGCAGAGUCGCUCUUGCAUAAGCACCACAAAGUCAUUUUCCUGGUCUUCAUUUCUCUGUGCAUGGGGUCAGCUCGGCAUACCUGACAUGAGAGCUCCGGGUGCACAGCUGCUUUAACUGGUAGGAGUUGGCUCUGGGGUCAUCUGGUAGGAUGGUUCAGUGGUAAAUAUGAACAUUUGUCAACAUUUGACAACAACUCCUUGGGACAUCAUGAAUUUGCUGGAAUCUAGACCACAGAGCACUUGCAAUAGCGCUUUUUAAAUUUUAAUUUAAUUUAAAUUAAAGAAAAAAUAAUCUCAUCGGGAUUAAUCGUAGUGAUGGCUAGCAAGAGAAAAUCCACGACUCCCUGCAUGAUACCAGUAAAAACUCUGGUGCUUCAGGAGACUGAGCUGGAGGCUGCAGAAGACGAUCGUGAAGGAACACAACAAGAUGCUCCCGCAGAAGGGCCGGCAGCCAGUGAUGCUGGUGCCAGCAACAGUGGAGCCUUGUCUAACGGGCACCGCAGCAUUGCUGAGGGCGAUACUUUUGUCUGCAAGUAUUGUGACUUCGGAUCUCAAGACGUUCACCAUUUCUUUGCGCACCUGGACUCUGAGCACUUGGACUUCAGCAAAGACCCCGCGUUUGUGUGCGUUGCGUGCAACUUCCUGGCGAAGAGCCACGAAGGGCUCUCGCAGCACAACGCAGAGUCGCAUGCUGGCGAGAUGAGCUUCGUCUGGAGGCUGGUGAAGCAGGACAAUCGAACGGCUGUGGAGCAAAGUCUUUGUGAUGCUGCCAGCAGCCACGACCUUCCGGGAGAGGUCCCCGAGGAAGUAGUGGAUGGUCAAUCUGAAAUUAUCAUCACCAAAACCCCCAUCAUGAAGAUAAUGAAAGGCAAACCAGAGGCCAAAAAAAUCCACACGCUGAAGGAGAAUGUGUCCGGUCAGUUGGGCGGAGAGUCGGAGACAAAAGACGGAGAGCCUUCCUUCACAAACGGGCCUGUGCCGGUCAGCCAGCCCACCGCGAGUUCGACAAAAUCAUCUCAUGUAGUGAACGGCUCCAUCCUCGGAAACGUGCCCGUUCUGCCAGCGGGUGUUGCCCAACUUGUUUCACUGCAGCAGCAACCACCCUUGCACCAGCAGCUACCUACAUCCAAGUCCCUUCCCAAGGUGAUGAUCCCCCUGAGCAGCAUUCCCACAUACAACGCAGCCAUGGACUCCAACAGCUUCCUGAAAAACUCUUUCCACAAGUUCCCCUACCCCACAAAAGCUGAGCUCUGCUACCUGACCGUGGUGACCAAGUACCCAGAAGAGCAGCUGAAGAUCUGGUUUACGGCCCAGCGGUUGAAGCAGGGCAUCAGCUGGUCGCCGGAGGAGAUAGAAGACGCCAGGAAGAAGAUGUUUAACACGGUCAUUCAGUCCGUGCCGCAGCCCACCAUUACUGUGUUGAACACGCCGCUGGUUGCGAACCCCGGCAGCGUCCCGCAUCUCAUCCAGGCCACUUUGCCGGGCCACGUGGUGGGGCAGCCGGAGGGCACGGGGGGACUGCUGGUCACACAGCCCAUAAUGGCCAACGGCUUGAAAGGCACCAGCUCCUCCUUCACCCUGGCGGUGACGACAGUUCCCAAGCCCCAGCCGGCGGCACAGCACAGCACGGUGAGCUCCGGCAAUGCCUCGGCCGUGAAGGUGGUGAACGCGGCCCCGUCAGUGCUCACUGCCUGCCCCGCCAUAUCCUCGCAAACCUUCCUGGACCCCAACGUCUACAAGAACAAGAAGUCCCACGAGCAGCUGUCUGCCUUGAAAGGCAGCUUCUGCAGGAAUCAGUUCCCCGGCCAGGCUGAAGUCGAGCGGCUGACCAAGAUAACUGGGCUGUCCACCAAGGAGAUUCGCAAAUGGUUUAGUGACAGGAGAUACCAUUACAGGAACAUGCGAGGCGGCAGAGCCAUCUUUCCCGGAGACAGUGCUCUCGAUUCUCUGCCCGAAAUACCCUUCGACGUGCCGCCCAAGGGAGCGGAGCUGACGUCUACAGCUGCGGCCACGCCUGUCACCCACCACCCGACGCGGCGGCAGGCCUGGCACCAGACGCCCGACUUCACGCCCACCAAGUACAAGGAGCGCGCGCCCGAGCAGCUCAAGGCCCUGGAGAGCAGUUUUGCACAGAAUCCUCUUCCUCCAGAUGAAGAAGUGAAUCGCUUGAGGAGCGAGACGAAGAUGACACGGAGGGAGAUCGACAGCUGGUUCUCGGAGAGGAGGAAGAAGAAGGUGGCAGAAGAGAACAAAAAAGCGGAGGAGGCAGUUCAGCAGGAGGAAGAGGAGGCUGAAAACGGCUGUGGGGAAGGAGAAGACUCCUCAGAUGACCUGAGGGCCUUGAGCGAAAACGGCUCUCUCGAUGCCUCUACCAACAACCCAAACUCGGCAGAGCGGAAAGUGAGCCCCAUCAAAAUCAACCUGAAGAACCUCCGGGUGACAGAGUCCAAUGGCAAGAGCGAAGCGCCAGGCAUCGCCACAAGCGAGAAGGGGGACAGCGGCUCCAGCCGGCCGCCCACCCCUCCGAAAACCAAACUGAACUUCAAAAAAACCGCCCAGCAGCGGCACUUGCUUAAGCAAAUGUUCGUGCAGACGCAGCGGCCGACGAACCAGGAGUACGACGCCAUCGUGUCCCAGACGGGCUUGCCGCGGGCUGAGGUCAUUCGCUGGUUUGGAGACAGUCGGUACGGCUACAAGAACGGGCAGCUGAAGUGGUAUGAGAACUACCGGCGCGGCAUCUUCCCCCCGGGCCUGGUGGAGGUGAGCCCGGCCGGCAGGGAGGUGCUGGAGGACUACUACAAGCAGCACAAGGCGCUGCAGGAGGACGACGUGCCGAGCCUCUGCGAGCGCGCCCAGCUCAGCGCCCAGCAGGUGAAGGUGUGGUUUGCGCUGAAGGCGGAGGAGGAGACCAGGGGCGCCUCCGAGGAUGCCUUCUCCAGCACCAGCGACCAAACGGGAAGCCAGAAGGGGCCGUACGACGCCUGCUCAGAGGUGUCGGAGAACAGCGAGCCCUGGGAGCCAGGCGGCCCUGAGGGUGGUGCUGAGCCCCCCGGUGCCCCCGUGCAGCCGCCCGCCGCGCAGCUCGAAACAGACUGAACUCAAACCACCUGCCCCAGAGGAUCCACUCUUACCCUUGAGAAGAAGUUUUUUGGUCUUUAAGACCAUGGGCUGGCCUGAUACAAACCUCAGGAGCAGGACACGGUGAUAAAGCACUGCCAUAAAUGAGACCUUUGAGUGCAGCACACGAGAGAGAGUGCGUGCAAAAACUGGGCACCCAGCGCAGAGCUCUCUGGCCCAGCCUAGGAGACAGCUGAGAGCUGGCAGAGGUGGGGACCGUGAGCUCAGCUCGCACCCAGGAAAUAGGAUGCUCUUGUUUGCUUUCCAGUGGACGGACUUUCAGAUUUCAUACUCAUAUACCGAUGCCUACAGCUGCCUAUACAAGCAUAACGAAAUCUCAGACAUUGUGUAAACAAGGUCGUUGCUUAGAUAUGGACUAUCAUGGCACAAUACAUUUUUUUUUCAUCUGCCCAUUAAGGUGUUUGUUCUCUAAAGGCUGGCAUGGCUGCCUCUAUCCUCUCUGCCUUUUUUGGUCCUUGAGCCCUGGCAAGGAAGGGUUCUGCAGGGUGUGUGCGCACAGGUGUGUAUGUGUGAGCGUGUGCGUUAGGAAAGGAAAAGAACCUGAGAAGAAAGCUGCCAGUCUUGCAUUAAGUCAGGUGGGAGUUCAGUGAGGUGUUCAUCCACACAGAUGAGGUUAGAUUUGGCAUUGCAUUACUCUCCAAUAAGUAGCAGGUCCAAGACCCCGAAAACCCAGGAGAGGCAGUUCGGUGUCAUUUGCCCCUUGUUGGCCAAAAUAUUUUUCCUUUCGCUCUUGGAGACCGACUGCAGCAGGCUGUUAAAUCUCCAAGUCUCCCUUUAAUCACUGAGAACUAGCACAUAAUAAUUUUUCCAUCCUGACCUGGAAUCCUUUUCAUUGUUCGGAGAGAACAAGCUGUUCCUCGGAGAACAAAUAGGGAGAAUAUGCAGAGUUGCUGCGAGUGGUUCAAGUUAUUGUUGUCUCCAAGGGAUCUGCGAGGCAGCAGCUCUUCUGCAGUCAGGAAGUUUCCCUCUUUCAGCCCUACACAACUGAUCCUCCAGCAGCAGCACUGAUAACUUCAAGUAUUUGCUCCGGUAUUUUUUUAUUAUUAUUUUUUGGUCCAUCCACAGUGUUUUGCUAUUUCACACGAGGCCAAAACUAAUUUCCCAGUUCACUUUCCUGGUUCUCAGAACCUGUAGCUUUUUCAUGUGCCCGUGUUGUCUCGGGUGGUUGCUGCAUGAUGCAACUUAAGGCUUUUUUUAAUAUUCCUUUCUAAUAGAAAACAAGGUCUAGAAGAGCACUCUUGAGCUACGAGUCUAGCCAAAUGCUGUGUCAGACCAUCCUGUCAUAAACUAAUCAAAUCCCAGCUCAAAAUUGGUUCCAUGUCUUGCCUUCACUUUUGCUCUUGGAAGGCGAUUCCAGAACUUCACUGCCUUUGAAUGGUUAGAAACUUUCUUUAAAUUUCUAGUUUGAAUUAAUUCGUGGCCAGUUCGUUCCUGGUUUGUUUUGGAGCCAACAUUGUCCUUUAACUUAAAUAGUUUUUGGUGUUUAUCCGCUGAUGUAUUUAUGGAGAGUAGUCAUGGCUCCUUAUUUUUGCCAAGCUAACUCAGCCAAGCUUUUUCUGUAGAAGGUUUUUAUUUAGUGAGAACUUUUUCAUGUGGGAGACUUUAUUGUUGGUGGUAAAUGAUAUUUAUUAGAAGGGUGGGUAGCAAGCCCCAAAGGAUCGGAUCCAGAGAUUUACAAAAAAUCUGUUUUAAAAACAAAAAGCUCUUUCAGAACCUCUUCCAAAGAUGGUGUCUGAUUUCUACCUUUAAUUGCUUUUGCUUUUCCAAUUCUUUCUUCGUCCCCUCUUUACGAGGCUGCCUUACUGACAUGUUGGGAGAGGCUCCAUCUGACAAGUGCUGCAGGGAACGUUUCUCUCACUGACGGUACGUGCCUGCCCGGUAGGUGCCUGUGCUCAGACGCCUGCACUGUAACCCCCCUUAGCAGCCAGACGAAUCCUCCCCAAAAUGCCACGAGCUGACAGCAGGCUCCCUAAAUUUCUCUCUUUAGCAGCGCUGCUGUCAGCCGUGCCUUGGUUCGAGGCAGGGCCAGCAGCAGCGCCACCUCCGCCUCACCUGGGCCCGUCACCCCGAGGAUUCAGCCCUCGUGGGUGAAAUCCUUCGUGCCCUCAAGCUCUGCGGGCGAUGGGGGAAGCAGGGUGGUGCUAGAGCUGAGGGUGCUGGGCCUGGGAGCCUUGUGGCCUGAGAGUGUGUGCGUGUUCACUGUUGCCUUCAGAGAACAAAUACAGGUAGGUAAUUUAGUCUCUAUUGUCUAUGUACAUGCAGGUUUAUUUAAGUACACAUAUAUACAGUUCAGAUAUGCCAUUGAUUCUUUAUCGCAUUAAGAUGUACAUUAAAAAUGUACACUUCUACUAACUACUUGCUAUAUAAAUAUGUUGGAAAUGUAGUUUGCCCAUUCAAGGUGAUUUUCUGUGGGAUUUUUGGUGUACACUUUAAAGGCCUGUGGCUGAUUGGAAGAGUGGUCCCCACUCCAUCUACAGAAAUGCUUAAGGACGAUGGUGUGAACUGGUCCCUUUGAACCAUUUUUCCAUGCACUAGCUGAGAUGUUUUG